CACCGUCUAUUUUCCACAGUCCAAACUCCAAACGCCACCUCAUUCCGCAGCCGAGGAGAGAUCUCAUCUCGGCUUCUCCGCCCCCGUCGCCGCCAUGCCUCCCUCCCCAUCCUCCGCCGGCGCGGGCGCCGCCUCGCCUUCCGGUUCCGCGUCCGCCUCAGCCUCCGAUCCGACCCCGUCUUGGUGGGAGUCCGUCUCGCAGGCGCGGUCCCGCAUCCUGGCGCUCUCCUCCAUCCUGCCCGCCGCGGUCUCCCACGACGUGGCGGCGCUGGCCGACGCCGACCGCCCGGCGCGCGCGCUCCUCCGCUCGCCCGCGGCCUACGCGGGGCUCUCCGACGCGCUCAGGGCGGGCGGCGGCGCCGACGACCCCGCCUGCCACUGGCUCUACGACACGCUCCUCUCCGCCGACCCGGACCUCCGCCUCGCCGCGCUCGCGUUCCUGCCCCUGCUGGCGGCGCUCUACCUCCGCCGCCUCCCACCCGAGCUCCCGUCCUCGCUCUCCGGCUUCGAGGCCGUCCUCCUCGCUGUGUACUCCUCCGAGGCCAAGAAUCGCCAGGGGAAGCCGAUCCUCGUCCAGGUGCCCGACCUCUCCGUCCCAUCCCUGUACCACACGCCGGCGUCCAGUCCCAGCUCCAAGUCCCCUCGCCGGUCGCAGCCCCCGCCGAUUCCCCCUCCACAGUCGACUCCCGUGGUGGGAGUGCUCUCGCCGCCUCUGGAGCCCCAGGCCGCGGUGAAAUCGACGAAGCGCGCCGGAAUUAUUGGAGUCGCAUUUGAGGCCUACUACUCCAAGAUUUCGCAGAUGCCUGCUGCGUCGAAGGUGGAUGCCUGCAAUGCUGCGGCUGCGUGGGCAGGGCAGUACUGCAAAUGCCGUUUUGAGCUUGAUGAGAACGAUCUGGAAGAAGAGGAGGGUGACUCUUUGGGGUCUGUCUCGCCAAUGUCCUCAGAGGCUGAGAAUGGGAAGGAACUGGAGGACGAAUUGGCCAGGAUGCGAAUCAAUGGAGACAGCAGUGGCCGGAAUUGCAGUGAAGAUGACAAGGAGGCGAGGGUGCCACUUCCCUGGGAGCUGCUCCAGCCAGUGAUGAGGGUUCUUGGGCACUGCUUGCUUGCGCCACUGAACCCAGCCGAGGUGCGUGAUGCCGCGGCAGAAGCAGUGAGGGUCGUCUAUGCCCGUGCAUGCCAUGACCUUGUGGCACAAGCAAUCUUAGCAGCCCGAAGCUUGAUUGAGCUUGACAAGAGUGCACGAAAGGCUGCCAAGGCAGCAGCUUCUGCGGCUUCGGGGCAAAUUGUUGCAGUUGGCACUGCCGGAAGCAAUGCAUCAAGCUCUAGGCCAAGUUCAAAGCCAAAUACACCAAGCAAGCAGCGGAAGCCUGACACACUGCUCGUGUCCAAAUGAAGUCAAAUGCGCUACCUCCAGUAAGAGUGUUUGCGUAUGGUAAAGAGUUUCUUCCUGAUGAGUGUUGUGUGUGUGCCACAUGAAUAUUGGUAAAAGUUCAGUAGACCUUGCAAUAUGUAAAAUGUUAUUAUUGCCGCAAGACAGAUGGCUAAGGUUGUUUCCAACUUGGUGUUGUAUGUUGAAUUGCUUAUGUUACUUUUUGCAUAUAGUUCAUGAAUCAACAUAUAAUUUGUGUUUUUGGUGGUUCGGCGAGGAGCAAGCCUUUAUAUAUUUGCCAUAGUUAUUAUUGGUUUUGCUGUAAUGUUUAUCUGAAUAUCUUGCAGCAGUGUGCGCUAGUAAUUCUGUAUGAAGGUGCUUUAUUGUACUUCAAAUUUGUCGGUUCCAUGUACAAACAACAGCUAAUAUAUGGAUUUAUACUCUUAUUUAUUCCAGCGAAAUUUCAUUGUUCAGUUUGAUAUGAGCACAAAGUUUUUACUGCACCAUUGGGAGGUGUGUUGCCAAUAGGCUCCGUUGGAGGAACAUCUGGCAACGAGGAUGAACGGUGCAGAUAAGGAGGACGCCAAAUCAUUUUUGAUUUGGGAAGUAUGUCAAUUGUUGUUCUUUAAAUGAAACCAAUGUGAGCAGGAGCAAUAUUGCACAUUUGGAACGGAUUAUGUGACUAUUUUAGCCAUGCAUGUUAUACUUGUUCUUUUUUCCCCAUUUACUUUAGUAGUUUAGUUAGACAUUGAUUUAAUCCUUCUAAGAAAAGUUAUUGAUAUUAUAAUGAAGAUUCCUCAAGUGAUUCCAAUCAGAGGCAAAGUAUCAAAAUGAACUAUUUUUCCUUAUAGUUUAGGGGAAAUCCUGAAGAAAGCUCAAUGCCUCAUUGACUAGAACGGUGCCGAGCAACCUCCGGAUAGUGCAGUGGCAGGUGUGCAGGAAGAAGCAGAACAAGCUGGAGUUCCUCAUGACGUGGUGGGAUCUGCAGCUCGGUGUCUCUGUCAACCAGUUCCUGUCCAUCUUUGCCUCGAAGAACUCUGACUUCAGAAACUGAGCAUUCGCGUUCUUGUUCAUCCAUGGUGCCAGCGAGGAGCUGAGCUCGCUGCAGGUGGUGGAAGCGCACACGAUCCCGCAGCACUUCUCUAAGAUGAAAACGAAAGAUAGGGGCCUAAUUCCACAAAGGAGAACAAUAAAACCCAGAUGCUGAUGGCUACAUUAGCGAUCCUUACUUGUCCAUAACUGUGGCUAGGGACUCGCUGAGGCAACGAGAAGAGGCCAAGAAGAAGCAGGCCGAGCUUACAGAAUUGGAGAAGGAGGCCAGUGGGCUGAAGCAGAAGAACAAAGAGGAGCGGGUGGCCAUCCAGGGCUUGGAGGCCCUCCUAAUCAAGAGGAGGUGCUGAGUUGAAAAGUGCCGUUGAUUGGAAGAGGCUCAGUCCGACUACAAGGCAGUGCUGGAGAAGAUGAUCAGAGAUGCCAUGCACCAGUCCGUUGUGUACAAGGAACAACUUAGGCUGAACCAAGCUGCAACCAGCACUCUCAUGACCAGAUUGGAGGCCCAAAGAGCAAUGUGUGACUCAUCUGAAACUGAGCUCCAUAAGAAGUACCAACGGAGAUGAUUUGGAGAGGCAGAUAAAGCCAGAAAGGAAGAGGUAUCAUGUUGAUGAUGGAUUGCUCGAGGAGAGGCACAGUGAGAGUGUGAAGUAUCUUUCAGCAAGAAGAUUGAGGAGUAUCCCUCUCAAGCAGGAACUGAGGGUUUUCCUGGAGGAAGAUCAGAGGAAUUCAGACGCAUACCAUUCCCUAGGGGAAGAAGAAAUUGGAGAAGGAACUUCAACUCGUUCUCCAGCAUUCGGCAAUGCCAGAAAUGAACCACUGAAGGUGAUAAACUCCCCGAGGAGAUCUCCUUCAUAGAACAGAACACUGUAAAUACUGAGAGGCAGAACACUGGUGUGGGAGAAGCUAGAAGAGUUGGCCAUCAAAGAACGACAACAUAGCAGGAGACGGGAAAGAAGAGAGACCAUGAGAUCUAGAGGUACUGGUACACCUAUAAGAUCAAGAGAUGACAAGGCUAAAACGACCCUGCAGAAGUGCUACGAGUCUAAAACUGAGAAAUAUCAUGCCAGUGAGACAGUUUCAGUACCGAGGACCUCAUCACUUCCAAGUCCACCCUAUAGAGCAAUGGGCAUGUAUGGAACUUCCAGGUAUGGUACAGAUCAGUCAAUGCUAGUUCAAAAGAGUGAAGCACAUCACCACUGAGGUUUUACCAGACCGGAAGAUGAUGAAAACAUGAACCAUGUUGUCAAAGAAAAUGUGGAUAAGUGGCUCCAUAUGCUCAUGGAUAACUAACAGGAAGAUCAUGCUGUAUACCAUUCUUCAGAUGAACAUGAUAAUGACGAGGAGAACGCUUCAGAUGAGCAGCAAAUGCAAAGCAGAAUUGACAAAGAGAGCUACAGGAAUGUUCUGAUGAGAUCGUUGAGGUCGAGGACGAGAUUGUUUCUGACCAGGGAGCUGAAAGAGGCAGGAAUAGCUUUGGAAUUAAAGAGAGAGAGAGGAAAAGAAGAUUUGGUUCCCUAGGUCUGGGUUUCCGGUCACUGCCAUCAUCACCCUCUAAGAUCCUGGGAAUGAAGAGGUGCGGGAUGCAUGGGCAGGAAGCCUAAGGUGGCUGGCGACGAUGACUGCAGAUAUGGCUAUGAGGAUUCAGUGUCCACAAGCAGCAGCAAGUUCCUCAGCAGAUGCAAGCAGGCAAUCAAGAAAGCAGUACAAAUAGGUCAUUGCACCAUACAUGUGAAAACCUACUACUUAUUCUUCUUUCAGUGUGUUCAAAAUCGAUGCCAUUUGUUAUAGUCUCGGUAACUGAAUAAGUGAGUCAGCAAAGCUUGCAGACUUCUGUCUGACGCUUUGCCUGUUAGUUGUGUGAUAUUUUUUAUGAUCACCCUGAUGUGAUCAGAUUAGUGUGUACAACAAUUUUUUAUUGGUUUCUUUGUUAGAAAAGAUGAAAACUAUUCCUGUU